AUGUCGAACUUCAUUAUACUUUUAUUUACUCUGGGAUUAAUCGGAAAUUUAUCAAAAGCUACGUCAAUAAAUGGGACAUUCGCCACCAUACCGAUUGAUCAAAGAGCUGCGAUAGAAAUACAGCCUCAAUUCGAGAUAAAGAUGGGUCAAAAAUAUAUCUUCAAAAAAAAUAACGAUUCGCUAAAUUUAACAUGUACGAUUAUACAAAAUGAUGGUAACAAAAAUCAUACAUUAUUUGAUUAUAUUGUCGACUGGAAAACACCAUUUUAUGACAAUUACAUUCCUAAACCUGAAAGAGGACAAAAGCGAAAUGUAGCUUGGCUAUGGUUCGAAAAUCUAUCCGAAGAUCACGAUGGUAAUUACACAUGUAAUGCUGUUACAUUUAAAUCUGUCAUUCAAUCACAUCUUUCUGUUAAUAUCAGACUGUCUGUGAAAAAAAAACCAAUUAAAUGGUAUUGUGGACCAAAAUGGUUCAGAUGUCGAUCUAAUAAUUGUAUUAUGGAACGAUAUCUUUGUGAUGGUAAAGCUGAUUGUGAAGAAGGAGAAGAUGAAAGUGAAGCUGCUGGAUGCGGUUCUGAUCCUUGUCAUGGUAAAGUCAUGUGUGAUAAUCGAUGUGUUCCACGAGAAUGGUGUUGCAAUCACCGGAACUGUAGUAAAAAUUCUGCACCGCACGUAUGGCCAACAGAAACCCGACAAAUAAGUUACAUACAAACAGCAUUUUACGUUGUUAUGGGUUGUGCAAUGGCAUUCAUUUUCAUAGUUACAAUAUUGGCGAUAGCUAUUUGUCGAGUACAAUUUAAACGAGCAAUAAGUACGACAUGUAAUCAACGAAGUCGUAAUAGUUAUUGUCAAACAAAUCGUGCCUCCUCUAUACAUGUGCCUAAUCAUCAUGAUGAUCUUGAUCGACCUUUAAACCGACCAUUAGAUGAUCUUCAACGAGAAGCGAGUACAAUGUACAAUGUAACUGGAAAAUUACAGUUUACGGAUUGCCUUUCGAAACCUCCGUCUUAUUCAGAAAUAAUGGCUCUACAAUCGGAAGAAGGACCUCCACCAGUUUAUGUAUCAUGUGAUGAACUCAAUGAAUAUUGUGCCUUAAGAAUGUAUAAUGUUCAAAAUAGUUACCAACCAGACAAUCUUCUACCAAUUAUUAGUAACCUUAGUUCUUCUCGUUGUGAUGACUUCACAAGCACGCCGAACUCAAUUCUAAGUAUUCAAAGACCAACUUCGAUGAAUAUACCAGUAUCUUCAUCAUCCACAAAUGGACAGAAUAAUGAUUUAGGUGACGAUAUUACUACUAUUAUUCAAGAUCCUAUGUCACAGUGUACAGAAACGGACGCAUUCUUGUCUGAAAAUAGUAGAACAAAUAAUCAUAAAAACUCAAUAAGGAGUGUUUUAAAUAAAAAGAAAAAAAUUUCAAAUGGAUGGUUUGGUCAAAAUUUUAAUAAUGUUGUAACUAGUAAGCUUUGGGUAAACAACCAAACUGAUCAAAACACACCGAGUUCACCAUUAGAGAGAAAAAGCUAUUCCUUAGGUGAUUUGAAGAGUGAAAGAUCAUUUUUGAUAACAGAUCAACCACAAUUUGUUUCGGACUGUUUAGUUCGUCCGAUGCUAAAAAGUAAUAUUAGUUCAUCAUUUUCAACAAAUUCAAAUAAUCAAGUGGCAGGUCCAAGUUCUUCUGGUGUUGAAAAUGAUAAAAAUCUACAUUGA